GAUUUGAAGAAACAACACAGAAUAGGCGGGACAAUUCGAAAUUCAAUUGUAAAUUAUUUUUUUAUUUUUUUUUUCGUUUCAUUUUCUCAGCCUCAACCAUGACCUCUCCUCGGGACAGCUUAACCUUCUUCGAUCCGUCAACCCGGAUAUGGAGCGGCAUCAAGUCUCCGUAUCAACACGAUCCGAACCAAUCACUUGGGAAGCUGAUCCUGGAUAGCCUGGCAAAGACCCCAGCCAAAGUGACCCAGAUCAGCGUGGACAGUGGCGUCCAGAUAACUUGUGGCGAAAUGCGGAAUCGAACGAUAAGGUUGGCGCAGAACUUGACGGAACUGGGUUACGGACCAGGUGAUAUCUUCACGAUGGCCGCCCGAAAUGGGGAACAUGUGGCUCCGGUUCUAUUUGCUUCCCUGGCUUUGGGGGUUCCGAUCAAUACGUUGGAUCCGAGUUUUAGGCGGGAUGACUUCAGUCACAUGUUGAGUACGGUUAAACCUCGGUUGGUGUUCUGUGACCAGGAGACGUUACCAGAAAUGGAGGUUGCUUUGGGGAUGAUUGCGUUGAAGCCGGAGCUGGUGAUCUUGGGUCAGAAAGUUGAAGGCUAUCGACACAUUACGGACUUGUUAAAGCCAACUGGACGUGAGGAGACCUUUGUUCCCACACGUUUCGAAGACCCAUCUAAGCAGCUAGCGAUCAUCGUGUGCUCUUCGGGAACCACAGGCCGAUCCAAGGGGGUCUGUCUGUCCCAUUCCUUGUGUAUUGCCCACUUUAUUGGAGUUAUGGGAUGUUACCCGCCUGAUAUCCUACUGUGCUUCAGUUCACUUUACUGGCUUUCAGGGGUAGUGUUCCUACUUUUAGGAACCGUAACUGGAGCUGUUCGCGUAAUCACCAGGGAACUCUUCAACCCGGAUCUUGCCUUCGAUAUUAUCGAAAAAUACCGGGUGACGCUUUGCUUCUUCGCUCCAGCUAUCGUCCUGCAGCUGGUCAACCAUCCGAGGGCACUCAAAGCUAACUUUUCCAGCGUUAGAGCAUGCAUGAGUGGGGGUGCCUCGGUAACGGCUGCGAUGAAGUAUUCGUUCGAAAAACUGGCCCCCAACUGUGACUUCAAAAUCGGUUACGGCAUGUCCGAGAUCGGAGGAGUUGUCUCGAUGACCGAAAAAAAUUACUACAAAGAAGGAUCCACGGGUUAUAUACACCCCAACGUUGAAGUCAAAGUUGUCGACGACUCAGGGAAUGCGGUAGACAUCAACCAGGAAGGUGAAAUACUGAUCAAGCCACAGUUCUACUUUCUCGGCUAUUACGGGAACAAGGAAGCCACCGACGAAAUAUUGGACCAGAAUGGCUGGAUCCAUUCCGGGGAUAUCGGAAGGAUCGAUAAAGAUGGAUACCUCUACAUUGUCGAUCGGAAGAAAGACAUCAUCAAAUACCUAAGCUAUCAAAUUUCACCGACGGAGAUUGAAACCAUAAUACAAAGCAUUCCGGGAGUCGUGAAUGUUUGCGUGGCGGGAGUUCCGGUUCCGGGAUCCGAUUUGCCAGCUGCGUUGGUUGUCAAGAGCAAGGACAUGUCGCUGACCGAAGAAUCCAUUGACAGGGUCGUUCGGCAGAAGCUUUCGGACUAUAAACAGCUGCGAGGUGGAAUCCAUCUGGUCGAAAGUCUACCGAUGACUCCUUCGGGGAAAGUGAUGAGGAGAAGCUGCCGUGAUAUAAUGGAGGAGUUCUAUACGAAGCAAAAUGAUGUGAUAAAAAGAUGAAUUUUCUUUGAUUUUUUCGACGAUAAAUGUAUUAUUUAUUUACGAAGAGGGGUGUGUAUUUUUAUAACAUAUUUUAAGGAAAUUAAAUAAACUCUGGUCGA